CCAGGGGCGGACUGACCAUUUGGAAACUCGGGCACUGCCCAAGGGCCCGGGGUCAGUAGGGGGCCCCAUGAGAUGCCCCUGGUACCUUUUUCAUAGGCUUUUUUGAGUUUGGGCAAAGACACAGGGGCCCCAUGAUCCCCUAUUGCCUGGGGGCCCCAUGAGUUGUCAAUCCGCUCCUGCUACAAACUAUGAUCAGAGCAGCUUAUCAGUGCCCAUUAGUGCAGGUUAUCAGUGCCCAUCAGUGCAGUCUCAUCAGUGC